AUGCCAGGAAAAAAGCCAUGUCCCCCUCCGGAUCAAAGCUGUGCUCUCUGCAACUCGCCGGACAACAGUUUGAUGAUCAGUUGCGAUGAAUGUUUUAUGUGGUACCACUUCAACUGCGUUGGUGUAACUCAUGACAUCGCGAAUCAUGACUGGAGAUGCCCGAAAUGCCUACCGACGGAUGAUCACCCCGAUGCAGAUCAAGCAGGCGCUCCAACACCGCUUUUGCCAAUAGAACUGCAGUUGCAGCUGCUCGAGGAAGAACAUGCGCUUGAGAGAAAAUUCCUCCAAAAGAAGUACCAACUAAUGCUGGCGGCUGGAUCGACGGCUCCGCGUGCCGAUAUUACAGCCUUGCACCCGAAACAUCAAUCCUCUCCUUUGUUGUUCCCUCGUGUGCGUCCAAAUGCUACCGAGCUUCAUUCUGAGGAUCACUUGCUUGAAACAGCCGCCGCGAAUGAAACAGCAUUGCUCAACCAAAGCCAAAUUGCCGCGCGUCACGCUGUUUCUAAGGAACUGCCAGUAUACAGCGGAAACCCCGAGGAGUGGCCACUGUUUUUUGCGACCUUUGAGAACACAACUCGAUUGUGCGGGUAUAGUCCUGAAGAAAACAUGACCCGGUUGCAGCGAUGCCUCAAAGGCAAAGCACUAGAGGCCGUCAGAUGCCAACUUUUGCAUCCUUCGAACCUAGGUAAAGUAAUAUCAACACUCAAGAUGCUAUAUGGUCGACCAGAGAUCAUUGUCUAUUCGCUGAUGCAGAAGAUCAAUCAAUUACCAUCCCCGAGAGCGGAUAAGUUAAACUCGAUAGUCGAGUUCGCCCUAGCGGUGCGCAAUAUGGUGGCUACAGUGCAGGCUUGCAACUUAGAAGAACAUCUUUACAAUAUAUCGCUCCUACAAAGUCUUGUAGAUCGGCUUCCACCGAUGAUCAAGCUCACUUGGGCAACACAUCGCCAAUAUCUGCAACGAGUUACACUUACCGAGUUCAGCGACUGCUUGUAUGGUCUCGCUGAAGCAGCCAGCAUCGUGACGAUACCAUCGGUUACGAGUGCCACUGAUUACAAUUCUCGACGUGGAAGAAAGGAUGACGGAUUCAUUAAUUCUCAUUCCGUUACCGCACCCAGAUCAUGUGAGUCCGUUAGCGCUGGAUGCACCAUCUGUCACGGAAAUUGUGUUUCAGUUGACAAUUGUAAAGAGUUUCUGAGCCUAGACCAUUCCUCUCGGUGGGCUCUUCUGUGGGAUCAAAAGUUGUGUCGUUGUUGCAUACGAUCUCACAGAGGAUUAUGUAAAUUCAGCAAAUCAUGUGGGAUAAAUGACUGCCCCUACAAGCAUCACCGUCUGCUUCAUAACGACGCCAAAGACAAACUCAGUGGUAGCCAGCUAGCUCAAACCCAAGCGAUCACACACGACCCCAGCAAUAUUAGUUCCAAUGACUUCGUUUGUAACACUCACAGCGGGAACGAAAAAUCCGUGCUAUUCAAAUACAUUCCCGUGACACUGCAUAAUCAGGGAUUGUCUGUAAGCACUCAUGCCUUUGUAGAUUGCGGAUCUUCACUGACCUUGUUAGAGGAAACCUUAGCGGCUGAGUUGAAGCUUCAAGGAGAAAAGCAUCCCCUAUGCUUGCGUUGGACUUCCGAUACUUGCCGCUAUGAAGAUUCUGCAACCAAAAUAACUGUGGACAUAUCGGGCUCGCAUAACCCAGAUAGCAGAUACCGCCUAUCCGACGUCUAUACAGUGAAGGAGCUAAAACUGCCAGCUCAGUCACUGUCGGUUGAGAAGCUCUCCGAGCAACAUACUUACCUGAAGGGAAUACCAGUAGAUUCACACAUCAACGUUCAACCUCGAAUUCUUAUUGGUAUAAACAACAUUCGUGUAGUACAUCCGCUAGACAGUCGUGAGGGGAACGAACAUGAACCGAUAGCUACAAAAACGCGCCUUGGAUGGAUGAUUUACGGUACCAGUUUAAAACACAACACCGCAUCCGGGUAUCCAAGUAGCUAUCAUAUAUGUUCUCACUCCUACGGCGAAAAUCUCUCGAAGGACGAUGAUCUUAACACUGCGGUGAAAAAUUACUUUACUCUCGAAAGUUUGGGAGUCGCAAAGCCGGAAAGAACACUACUUUCUACGGCAGACGAACGAGCUUUGAAGAGUCUGCGUUCUACUACAAGUUUUAAUAACGGUCGCUACCAAACUGGCCUCUUAUGGAAGUAUGAUGACGUUCGGUUUCCAGACAGCAGAUCAAUGGCAGUGCGGCGACAUAAUUGCUUGAUGAAAAUAAUGCAACGCGAACCUGAAUUGGCAAGCACACUACGAACGAAGAUGGCUGAUUAUUUAAAGAAAGGAUACAUUCGCAAGCUUACACCAGAUGAAUACAUGAUGCCCAAGGACCGUGUAUGGUACUUACCAAUAUUCCCGGUGUUCAACCUAAAUAAACCGGGCAAGGUACGCAUCGUGUGGGAUGCUGCGGCAACUAUAGGUGGCGUUUCAUUAAACUCAGUCCUCGUAAAGGGACCCGACAUGCUGACAUCCCUACCGUAG